GCAUUUAGGGUUCUAUGAUGAUCAGAAGAAUGAAGACGGCGAUGAAGGGAUUUGGUUAGGGUUUAGAGAAUAAAGAGAGAGUGGCCCCAAUAAUGGAGUUAUGUUCUUUUUAUAUGAUCUGAAAUCACAGUGCGUAGACAAGAGGGAAGUUUAACUCUGAAGAAAAAGAAAACUGUAAAUGAUGUUUCAAGUUCGAAAAGUACAGAUGCUAAAACACAAACGAAAGACAGAGAUGAUGUUUCAACAUCAAAAGCUUCAGAUGCAAGAAAAGAGAAAGAAGAUACAGAUGAUGUUUUAACUUCAAAAUGUUCGGAUACUGAAACAGAAAAAGAAGACAUAGAUGAUGUUUCAGAAGAAACAAAGAAAAAUGAAGUUGGUAUCGACAUAGAUCCAAGUCAUCCAACAGAAGCCGAAAUAAAAAAGUCGUUACGUAAAUUUACAGUAAAGGGGAAUUGGUCAAAAGCAGAAUCCAUACUAAAACUCCACCCGCACCUUGCGACAGAAGCAAUCAGCAGUGAUGGUAGCACGAUGCUUCAUAUUGCGGUUGGAAUAGGUCCCGUAGUGAUUUCGUGACAAAGCUUUUAUCGUAUAUGAGUGAUGAGCAAGUGCUGAAACAGAGAGCCUCUGAUGGAAGCACAGCUCUUCACAUUGUUGCAAUUAUUGGGAACAAACACGCAGCAGAUCUCCUUGUUAAAAAGAACAGCAAUUUAUUAGAAAUUGAAGACAGUGAUGCUAAAACACCAUUGGAAAAAGCUUAUGAAAAUAAGCAUCUUACUACCAUUGGAUAUUUGUUGAAAGCUAGAAAGACUGGUGGAAAACUAAGGUCCCAAACCUCUUUAGUCGGCUCUGUUGACGAAAAUGACGAAAUUGUGGUGGACCUUCUUGUUAAUGUUAUUUCUGCAAAAAAAUACAGUUUAGCAUCACAAUUAGUUGAAAAGCUUCCUAAUUCUGCUUCAGAAAGUGACGAUGUACUCAUGGCUAUAGCUAAAAACUUUCCAAGUGGACUAGACUAUUGGGAAAAACUUUUAUAUCCUCAUAAGUAUCUUAUGUAUGAUAUAUAAAUGGUCGGUUUACUAUUUCUCUAAAAGAAGACUAUUACAACUACUUAUUAAAGUAAAGGGUGAUUAAUUUAUUGUGGAUUUUCUUUUUUAGCUCUGGACAAUAUUUGGUCAGACAAUAUUUGGUUACUAAUGCGAAACGCAGCUUCAUUUUUUAAGUUUCUUCUUACCUUUCUUCCAAGUGUCAUAUCCAGCGGGAGAGAAGAAUGUGGUUUGUUGAUGUCCGAGACGUUACAUGCAGUAUCGUACAUCUUUGGAUGGGCCCUAGCAUUUAUAAUCCUCCUUGUAUAUAUCGUUUGUUUCUCAUUCCUUCUGCUUUAUUCCCUCUGGUGGAAGGGCGCAAAUUUACUAGCUAUUCUACCCAUCAGGCGUAUAGAAAAGAAAAAGAAUGAAUGGGAUAAAGCAAAAAAGCUUCUACGACAGGUAUGUGAUGAAAUUGACAAGUCGGUCUAUCCAGGUACUCGUAGUCGUCACCCCUGUUAUACUCGUCCAAUUCUUGAAGCUGCAUCUCAAAAUGCUUAUAAAGUUGUUUCUGAGAUUUUGAAAAGAUCACCUGAAGCAAUUCAGAGCAAAGAAAAAAAAGGGUAUGACAUUAUUCAAUUAGCAAUAAUACACCGUUCCGAAAAAAUCUACAACCUUAUCUAUGAAAAUGGGGAGCGUAAAAAUCUUUAUAGAACCUAUGAAGAUUCUUCUAUGAACAAUAUCUUACAUCUGACUGGAAAAUUGGCGCCUUCAAGUGUACUUAAUCAAAGAAGAGGUGCAGCAUUACAACUACAACGAGAGCUUCAAUGGCUUCAGGAAGUGAAGAAACUUGUGAUUCCUACAUAUACUACUAAAGAAAAUGAUUUUAAGGAGACACCAGAUAUUGUUUUCACAAGGGAACAUGAGAAGUUGGUUAAGGAAGCAGAACAAUGGAUGAAAACCACGGCAGAGUCAUUUAGCAUUGCAGCUGCACUUAUUGCCACAAUCGUAUUUGCAGCUGCAAUUACCGUACCAGGAGGAACAAUUCAAGACCGAGGGUACCCCGUGCUUAGAAACAGAGAGGCAUUCAUUAUCUUCGCUAUAUCAGAUGCAAUCUCACUAUUCGCAUCUAGUAACGCAUUACUAGUGUUCUUGUCUAUACUAACAGCACGUUUUGCCGAGAAAGACUUUCUAGUCAGUUUGCCCAGACAAUUACUUAUUGGACUUUUCUCCUUAUUGCUCUCUACAACAAGCAUGAUGGUAGCCUUUAGCGCGGCCUUGUUCCUUGUCUUUUGUGAUGGAAAACUAUGGAGGUUUGCUCUGAUAUGUGGAAUGGCUUUGAUUCCGAUUGCUUUUUUUGCUGCUCUACAAUUACCCCUCAUGGUGGAUCUUCUCAAGUCAACAUAUUCACCAAUCUUUGGAAAACAAAGGAAAAGCGUUCUCAGACAGUUUAAUCAAGAUGACAUAUCAUUGCAUUUUGGUAAGUGAAAAUAGUACACAUGUUCAAGUGAUGUUAUAACUUUUUAUUACAGUGUAGAAGGAUGAUUAAAUAAAGAUUGUGUAGACACCAUAAUAUUCUUAUCUAAUAAAUAUAUUUGCAAUCCUUAUAUGUUA